CGUGACGCCGCGGGCCGAUUAAUUUUUCCAUUCAAUCUGUAUACGCCGGGAGGUGCCGGCCGGUGCGGAACCCCUCGCGCGGGGGCGACGAGGCGGGGCGGGCCGGCGGUAAGGCGGGUAGUGGCGGCGCUCCCGCCUUCCCCCUCAGGUCGCCAUGGCCCCCCCCGGGCCCCGCCGUCCCGAUAACGCGCGGCCCUUCCCUUUCUAGGUGCUGCUGCUGCUGCGAGCCGGCGGGGCGAGCAUGGGGCCGGCGGAGCCGGUGCAGAAGAUCAGCAUCAGCGCUGAGAGCCCCCGCGGGAGCGAGAGGAACGGCGGCGGCUCGGCGCUGGCGGGCGCUGAGGGGGCCGCUCCCGGCGGCUGGAGGCACAAAUGCGCGGCCUAUGUGCUGGCCCUGCGGCCGUGGAGCUUCAGCGCCUCGCUGACCCCCGUGGCGCUGGGCAGCGCACUCGCCUACCGCGCCGAGGGAGCGCUGGACCCGGGGCUGCUCCUGGGGAGCGCCGUGACCGUCCUGGCCGUGCACGGCGCCGGCAACCUGGUGAACACCUACUACGACUUCUCCAAGGGCAUCGAUCACAAGAAGAGCGAUGACAGGACGUUGGUGGACCAGAUUUUGGAGCCGCAGGACGUGGUGCGGUUUGGGGUGUUCCUGUACACCGUGGGCUGUAUCUGCGCUGCCGGGCUCUACGCUGUCUCCACGCUCAAGCUGGAGCACCUGGCGCUGAUUUACUUCGGAGGACUUUCUAGCUCCUUCCUCUAUACCGGGGGGAUUGGAUUUAAGUACGUUGCCCUGGGGGACGUGGUGAUCCUGAUCACCUUCGGGCCGCUGGCCGUCAUGUUCGCCCACGCGGUGCAGGUGGGGUACCUGUCGGUGUCCCCCCUGCUCUACGCCGUCCCCCUGGCCCUCAGCACCGAGGCCAUCCUGCACAGCAACAACACGCGCGACAUGGAGUCGGACCGGCAGGCGGGGAUCGUCACCCUGGCCAUCCUCAUCGGCCCCACCUUCUCCUACAUCCUCUACACCGUCCUGCUUUUCCUGCCUUACCUGAUCUUCUGUGUGCUGGCCACACGCUACACCAUCAGCAUGGCCCUGCCACUGCUCACCAUCCCCAUGGCCUUCUCGCUGGAGAGGCAGUUCCGGAGCCGGAGCUUCAACAAAAUCCCUCAGCGGACAGCCAAGCUCAACCUCCUCCUGGGGCUGUUCUAUGUGUUUGGCAUCAUGCUGGCACCAGCCGGGGCUCUGCCCAAGCUGUGACACCACCUGGAGAGCCAGGCCUCACAAUCCAGCAUUCAUGCCAGUUAAUUUGGGAUUUUGGGGGGGUAAACGACCCAUUAUGGACAGUGGGGAGAACAGAAAGACUGUCUCGCACUGUUCCUUGUGAAUUUUAUCAUUUCUAGUCCUGGUCAGCUUGUACAGCAGACUGUAAAAAACUGAUUUGUCAGUUCUUCAAAAGGGAUGAACUGUGUGGCUUUGCCUCAGGGGGAGCAAGGUGAUAUGAGGUGAAGGAAUGUUUAAAAAUCCUUAUCCUUCUGCCACUGAAUUUUUUCACUGUCAGCUCAAUGAAAACUGGAGCCUCAAGUCAAAAUCUCUGUUCA